CCUAAACCAGGACCAGUUGAAGGAUCAGCUGCUCCCAGUGUCAACGACCACAAGGAAAUAUCUCUGAGUCUUGUUGAGCUGAUUAUACAGGAAGAGACAUUUAAGAUGUCAAAUGUGAUGAAACCACAGCAGUUGUGUGUUUGUACCCAACAAACACAGAUGAGUUUUAUCACAGAGACUAACAAACAACAUUUAUUGAUUUACCAUUCUCUUCAACAGGGUUUGGUUGGAUGUUCAGGCUCAUGUUAUAAAGUGAACAACCUGAGUUGUGCCUCUGAACUAAUGCAACACACAUCAACAACAAAUCAUAAAUGUGCAGCAGCGACAUUAAGACAGAGAAUAAGGUGAAAUAAAGUUUCAUCCUGACUCCAGGUCUGCAGCUCAACCAGUUCAGGCCGGUGACUGGGCCCCAGGCCGGUGACUGGGCCCCAGGCCUCGUGGAUGAGGUCAGCAACUGUGUUAUUUAAAAAAGAAUCAUGUUCCAAUCUUCUUAUUGCAAAGAGGAUUGGGAUUCAACUGACGAUGUUGUUAGUCAGGUACAAAUAGUGAAGCUCCCUAAAGACAAAUAAGACUUCUUCAAAGUUUGACUCCAGAGAGAAGAGUCAAAGUGAGGAACUCUUCUUCUCUCUGAUCAAUCCACAAAAUAAUCUGCGACUGAAACUUGAAUGAUUUUGUGUUUCCACUCGUCAGCGGGACGCAAGUCGUGUCCUCUGUGUCCGGAGGAGAAGUUCAAAGCUUGUUACAGCCACAAGCUGCGUCGCCACCUGCAGAACCUCCACUGGAAGGUCUACGCUGAGUUUGAAGGCCAGAGGAUGUGUAUCUGCCACCUGCCCUGCAGGAACCUGAAGCCCGGCCUGACUGGAGAUCAGGCGUCAGGACGCCACGUGGCCCACUACCACUGUGUGGUCUGCUCCGUCACCAUCGCCCGCAAGACCGACAUGAUCAGCCACCUGAAGCGCCACGUCAACAAGGGCGAGACGGAGGCCAGCUACAGCGGCUGCUCCGACCUGCCUCUCCAAGAGCCCGACCUGUGUGUGUCAGCAGCUCCCUCUGGUCAGGCCUUUGAAAUCAUGAAAGAACUCGGAACGAACGUGCAGCUCCUCCCCAACCACACCACCCCCCAGAAGAGCGACACCUACUUCAACCGCAAGAUGAAGGCCAACAGGCAGCUGGUGUUCUGUGCGCUGGCCGUUCUGGCCGAGGAGAGGAACCCGCUGGAGUGUCUGGACGCGUUCGGAGCCACAGGGAUCAUGGGGCUCCAGUGGGCCAAGCACCUGCGUCAGGCCGUCAAAGUGACCAUAACGGACAUCAGCGACAUCUGCGUCAAAAUGAUCAAAGAGAACUGUGAGCUGAACCACAUCCGAGUGGAGGGGGGGGCGCGAGGGCCCCGGGGGCCCGAGGGGGGCGGCAGCGAGGAGGAGGAGGGGACGCCCAUCGCCACGGUGGAGGUCGCCAAGAUGGAUGCCAACGUCAUCAUGCACCUUCGGCCCUUUGACUACAUUCACCUGGACCCGUUCGGCACGGCGGUGAACUACCUGGACGCCGCCUUCAGGAACGUCCGGAACCUGGGCAUCGUGUCGGUGACGUCCACGGACACCGGCUCGCUGUACGCCAAGGCUCCCGACGUCACGCUGCGGCACUACAGCAGCCACAUCGUGCGCACCGAGUACUACAAGGAGCUGGCUGCUCGCAUCGUGGUGGCCACCGCGGCACGGGCGGCGGCUCGCUGCAACAAAGGCAUCGAGGUGCUGCUGGCGGUGGCGCUGGAGCACUUCGUCCUGGUGGUGGUGAGGGUCCUCAGGGGCCCCAUGCAGGCCGACGAGUCCGCCAGGAAGCUGCGGAAGCUGGUCCACUGUCAGUGGUGCGAGGAGAGGGUCUUCCUCAAACUGGGGAACAUGGUGGACGAAACGCUGCCCUGCAACUGUCAUGGAAGUCUGCCUGGGAAGACGGCUGUGUACCUGGGACCGCUGUGGGCUGGUCCUCUGUUUAACACAGGCUUCCUGAGGAGGAUGCUCUCGGCGGCGGUGCAGCACAGUAUGGACGACAUCCAGCCGCUCGUCAAAACUCUGAUCUGCGAGUCCGACUGCACGUCCCUCAAGUCUCUGAUGCACGGACCGUCCGCCUUCAACCAGGUGGAGUGUGGAGUCGUGAUCAAGACGUUACACAGCGGAGAGGAGUCGGGUCCUGAUCAGUCCGGGAAGAGGAAGAGCGGCGAGGAGUCGGGGAACCUGGUGAAGAAGCUGAAGUCUGAUGCGUCUCUGGAACAUCCGCCGUUCUACUACAGCAUCCACCGCCACAGCAUCCGGGGCAUGAACAUGCCCAAGCUGAACAAGUUCCUUCUGUACCUGAUGGAGGCCGGCUUCAGGGUGAGUCGGACCCACUUCGACCCGACGGGGAUUCGAACCGACGCCAAGCUGGAGCAGUUCAAGUCUGUCCUCACGAAGUACAGCGUGCCUACGUACACCGGCACCACGCAGACGAGCGUGAGCACCGAGAAGACCACCUGAGGGUUCAUCUCUGACAACCAGGUUCUGACUGCACUGACCAGAGACCACGGGAUCACCAGGAUUCAACGAGCAAAGAAACUCUAUCUUCUAUUUAUUUUGCAUUUCUCAGAUUAAUAUGGUACAAGUUUGAUUGUUUCUGGUUUAUUGUGGUUUUAUUUCUUUUGCCUUUUAAACAAUAAAAAUCUUUGUUCCCAGA